AUGCCCGCGCCGCCCUCCACGCCCGCCCACCUCCGCGCCCUCUACCGCGCCCUCCUUCGCGAACUCCCCGCUCGUCCCACGGCCGGCACCAGCAGCCCCCUGCACAGCACCUCCCGCUCGCCGCUCCACGCCCGCAUACGCGCCCCCUUUGCCGCCGGCAACAUCAGCAACGGCGCUGCCGAGGCCGAGCAGCUCGUCACAUAUCUGCGCUCGCAGCGCCAGUACGUCACCCUUCUCGAGCGCUACAAUCCGGGCAUGGACAUGGACGAGGAGGAGCGCGUGCGCCUCUCGGCCCGCCGCGUCGGCAUGGAGAUGCCCGUUCUGCACAGGCCCGGUGGCGGGAACGAGUGA